AUGGAGAAACUUCUCAGCACUGCCCAAAUACCUACAGAGUUUUUAAAACCCACAUACAUGAUAGGAAAAAUUCCUCGAAAGGCUCUUAUAUCGGAACCACGAGUGUCUUACAGCCUUUAUAUUCCGCCAGAACAAUACAAAGAUAUCUCACGCGGUCAAGCAAACGGCGCGUCACAACCCGCACUGCCCAAGCUCCCCUUACUGGUUUUUAUCCAUGGCACUCUACGUGAUGAUUCUUAUGUCGAAAGAGGCCUUAUCCCUUUUGCAGAAUCCACGCCUUGUGCCAUUAUGGCGCCGCUUUUCCCUGCCGGACUCGAUAGUUCUACCGACUUAGACUCAUAUAAAUUACUUCGAUCUCCGACGCUGCGAUCCGAUCUUGCCCUUUUGGAUAUGCUAAACGAGGUAGCUCAUCGCUGGCCUGGAAUAGACACAACAAGAGUUUUCUUGAUGGGCUAUUCAGGUGGUGGACAAUUUGUACAUCGGUUCCUCUACCUCUACCCCGAAAGGCUAUCAGCUGUGAGUAUUGGGGCCCCAGGAACCGUGACUAUGCUGGACCACUCAGCUUCCUGGCCGGCGGGCAUAGCAAAUACGGAAGAGCUUUUCGGGAUACGCGUCGACAAGGACUUGAUCAAACAGGUUAAGAUUCAACUCGUUGUAGGCGAUGCUGAUGUUGAAGUUCAUGGAGGAGCUGAGUUUUGGUCGUGGCUACAAAAGUUCAAGGCUGCAGCAGGCACUGAGUUAUUGAGCAGCGCGCAGCCAGAGACGGAGUUGAGCAUUAUCCCAAGUAAGGAAAUUGUUCAAAACAGGCUGGGAACUUUGAAGAAAUUGCAGGCAUUGUGGAGGGAACAUGGCAUAGAUGCGCAGCUUGACAUUGCGGAAGGGGUGAAGCAUGAGAGCCUCAAAUGUCAACCGUAUUCUCUAAACUUCUUGCAGUCACUGAUUAGGGAACGAUAA